GAAAUAACAUUGCAGAUAUGAGUGGCCAAGCUUUGGAAAGGAGGCUGUGAACACCUGCCUGCAACAUCCAGGAUUUCCUGUCCACCAGUUGGAGUGAAAGAAUUCAGCAGCCAAGUUUCUGCAAAGCAGUCAUGGACAGUCGGGUUACCCACCGCCUGGGAAAACAUGGAAAUGCUCCAAAGGGUGCUGCCAAAGAAAGGCCUGAAAAUGUCAUACCUGUGAAGCAGAAGCCCUCCAAGGAGCUGAGGCCCAUGCUCGGGGCCAUCUUGCUGGGCCUCAUGCUGUUCAUCGCCGUGGUGGUGGCCUGGUGCUACUACACGGUGUCCCUGCGGAAGGCGGAGCGGCUCAAGACGGAGCUGAUGGACCUGCGGGCGGACGGCUUCGUCAUCAGGAACCAGCACGGGGAGGUGGUGUUCCGGCUGGCCUUCCGCUCGGGCAGCCUGGACCUGGAGUCGUGCUCCAAGGAGGGCGAGAUCCUGAGCUGCACGCGGUCGAGCCGGGGGCCGCUCAACUUCUUCAUCCAGACGGUGAAGCCCAAGGACACGGUGAUGUGCUACCGCGUGCGCUGGGAGGAGCUGGCGGCCGGCCCGGCGGUGGAGCACACCAUGUUCUGGGAGGAUGCCCACUGGUACGGGGGCUCGGAGAUGAGCACCCAGCACUGGCCCAUCCGCCUGGCCGGCUACCAGGAGCCCGUGCCCUACGUGACCAGUGACGUCUACUCCUUCCGCGACAGCUUUGGCGGCAUCCUGGAGCGCUACUGGCUCUCCUCCAAGGCGGCGGCCAUCAAGAUCAACGACUCCGUGCCCUUCCACCUGGGCUUCAAUGCCACUGAGCGCGCCCUCUUCUUCCAGGCCCGCUACAAGGACUCGCCCUACAAGCCCCUGCCGGGGCAGCCGCCCUUCCCCGAGCUCAGCUACCGUGUCUGCGUGGGCUCGGACAUCACCUCCAUCCACAAGUACAUGGUGCGCAGGUACUUCAACAAGCCCUCCAAGAUCCCUGCUGAGAACGCCUUCCGAUACCCCAUCUGGUCCACCUGGGCACUCUACAAGAACGACAUCGACCAGGAUAAACUCUUGCGAUUUGCCGAAAAGAUCAAGAAGUACCGUUUUAAUUGCAGCCACAUAGAGAUCGAUGACAUGUACACCAAAGCCUAUGGGGACUUUGAUUUUGACCCUGUCAAGUUCCCCAACGUGACGGAGACGUUUGCAAAGCUGAGGGAAGAUGGGUUUAAGAUCACUCUGUGGACUCACCCUUUCAUAAACUACAAUUCCUCCAAUUUUGGUGUGGGGAUUGAGCGUCAGCUGUUCAUCAAGGAGCCGUCAGGGCGGCUGCCAGCCAUGGUGGAGUGGUGGAAUGGCAUUGGGGCCAUCCUGGACUUCACCAACCCAGCAGCCCGCGACUGGUUCCAGAGCCACCUGCGCCAGCUCCGACACAAGUACGGCAUCUCGUCCUUCAAGUUUGAUGCGGGUGAGACCAGCUACCUGCCCAAGCAGUUCAGCACCUUCCGGCCGCUCUCAGACCCCAGCAUCUGGUCCCGGCGCUACACAGAGAUGGCCAUCCCCUUCUACGAGCUGGCCGAGGUGCGGGUGGGCUACCAGUCCCAGAACAUCUCCUGCUUCUUCCGCAUCAUCGACCGGGACUCCGUCUGGGGCUACGAGCUCGGCCUCAAGUCCCUCAUCCCCACGGUGCUCACCAUCAGCAUGCUGGGGUACCCCUUCAUAUCUGCCGACAUGAUCGGAGGGAAUUUUUUCCCCAAUAAGACAAAUGGGGCAGUGGAGAUCCCCGACCGGGAGCUGUACGUGCGGUGGCUGGAGCUGUCGGCCUUCAUGCCCUCCAUGCAGUUCUCCAUCCCACCCUGGCUCUACGACAAGGAGGUGGUGGAGAUCGCCCAGAAGUUCACGGAGCUCCACGAGUCGCUGGUGGCCCCGCUGCUGCUGGAGCUGGCCGGGGAGGUCACCGACACGGGCGACCCCAUCAUCCGUCCCAUCUGGUGGAUCUCGCCCCGCGACGAGGCCACUCACAGGAUCGACUCCCAGUUCCUCAUUGGGGACACCCUCAUGGUGGCACCUGUCCUGGAGAUGGGCAAGCAGGAGCGGGAUGUCUACCUGCCGGCGGGCAAGUGGCGCAGCUACAAGGGGGAGCUGUUUGAGAAGACCCCAGUGCUGCUCACUGACUAUCCCGUUGACCUGGACGAAGUUGCCUAUUUCCUCUGGGUGUCCUAACAUGGUCCUCAUCAGUGUGCAAUGGAUUCAGUGAUUAAUUAACCAACAGCUUUAAUGACCUGUGAAUUGGUAUAGUUUUUUACACAGGAACACUUCAUUAUGAAAUUUGAAGAAAACAUUGAGACUUCUGGUUUUUUAUGGAGCAAGUGGUGCUCCAUAACUAAUUAAUAUAUAUUGGAUGAGUGUCUUUGUUAUUGCAGUGUGACAAGUGCAAUGUAUAGAAACACAGUCUCUGCUCAUAAUCUUUUCCCACCAAGAAAUGCCAUGCACGCUUCUUGUUUAUAAAGGAAAUUACAUGGACUCCUUUGUUACCCAGUUGCACAGCUGAUCCCCUGAGGUAUUUAAAAUUUCAUGUGCUUAGUGAAGGAGGCAGCUGCAGCAAAUUACUUUUUUUUUACAAAAAGCAGUCUGUGGUUGUCCUGAAGAGGAAGGCACCCAAACUGCAGCCUGCAUGACAGAUGGGAACUGAUGCAGGCGUGAAGAGGAGUUUACACUUCCCAUGGCUAUCUGAGUAAGGAGAAGAAAGCUGCAGCACUUGCUGUAUGCUGUGGCAACUGUUUUCCCCCUUUCAUAAAUUAUUGAGAAUCAUGUCCAUGGUGUGGAUUCAGGCUUUCUUCUACUCCGGGAUAGUAGUUUCCAAGGAACGCAUCUCCCCCGAGGUUGAGAAAGUGUUUCUGAAUGCUACUCUGUUGCUGCUUUGAAGCCCCAAGGAGUCCCUGACAUAUGAACCAGGAACAAGAGGGUCCUGGAGGGGCCCAGCAAGAUUCCUCUGGCUGUUGUUGCUGUACCAAAAAAAAAAAGCUUUCUGCAAAGCUGAUGCCCUCGAUGCUGAGGAGAGGUGGGAGAGCCAGACUCCAGCCCCCUCAUAUGGCACCUCUGCCUGUGUAAUCAGUGUGUUCUGUAUGCACACACAGCUCUGCCACCCACCUGCAUCACAGACUGGGUGGAAAAAAUAGGCACCACUGAGACUUUCUGCAAACUCUGGAGAUGACAUGAGAUGCCUGGUACCAUGGCUGCAAAAAUGCCUCCCCCAUCCCUUUCCAAUCUUUCCCCCAGUGCUUUUCCCUGCUGCCCACCCAAGCCACAGGGAGCCAUGGGGGGUGGGUGCUGGAAGCAUCCUGUGAGCAAGUGGCACCACAACCACCUCCCAACACCCUCCUGCAGCACCAGGGCUGUGUGCUGACAGAGGAACAUCUUGUUUGCCUUGCUAAGCUGCAGUCCUGAUUGGUUUUUUGCACUCCCAGUGCUGAGCAAGAGCUCUUUGCUGGAGGUGCUGGUGACAUGGGACUCUGCCCCAGCACACAGCUCACCACAGUCUGCUUAUUUUUUGGCAGGGGCAGUUUAUUGCCCUUAAUCUUUGAUGAUCACUGAGAUAAAAACCACCUAGCCCUCCUGGCAACAUAAUAAAAUAAAUAAAAAUCUCUGUUUUUCUCUA